AUGGCUCAGGAAGCGGGUGCUGAGAGCCCCAGGAUAACACACUCCACGAGCAACGACAAGACAGCCAGCAAUGAUGGAGACAGUUCGACUCCCAUCGAGAACGUUGCACCACGAAAGGUUCGAUGGAAGAAAUUCCUAGGAGUCGACAGCAACCGUCGCGGUUCAGAUGUCGAUGCGGACGACAAUGGAAACCGUGAGAGAUGGACAAUGGGCAUCCUGAACGACAAGCAGACUGAAGAAGUCCCAGGAACGAUCCUUCUCCUUGCCUCCAACCGAAACGAGCCCCUUGGUCUGCGACAACAACCUGCGCGAGUAUCCGCGUCGUCUUUACCGUCGCCCUAUCCGCCGUCUCGAUCAUCGUCUCGCACUCCGGCACCUCAACCGAAACGCACACCAGAUGGGAAGAUCGUGCUGGAGCCUCAGCCAGAGGACUCACUCAACGACCCGCUGAACUGGCCGCAAUGGCGUAGAGACUUGGCCUUGUUGUCUCUAGGCUUUUACUGCAUGAUCGGAGGUGGAAUGACGCCUAUUCUAGCGGCUGCAUUUACUGAUGUGUCCGAGGAAUACAACGUUUCGUUCCCAAAGGUUGCUCUGACCACUGGGCUUUAUAUGCUUGGGCUGGGGCUCGGCUCAGUGGUAAUGUCGCCAACAGCCAUUCUGUAUGGUAAGCGACCGGUCUACAUUGUGGGCGCUACGCUGUUGAUCAUCUCUGGAGUGUGGUGCGCCCUUUCUCCAAAUUAUGCGAGCUUGGUCGUUGCUAGGAUCUUUCAAGGCCUGGCUGUCAGCCCCGUCGAAUGUCUUCCUUCGGCUACAAUUGCUGAAAUUUAUUUCUUGCAUGAGCGGGCGUACCGGGUGGGCAUCUAUACUCUUUUAUUGCUGGGGGGCAAGAACUUGAUUCCGCUUGUCAGUGCAGCGAUCACAGAGGGCCUUGGAUGGCGUUGGAUUUUUUGGAUGGUUGCAAUUACUAUCGGAUUUGGUCUAGUUUUAGUGUAUUUUUUCGUGCCGGAAACAUUCUGGGAUAGAACCCCUCGACCACGCUCCAAGCGUCCCAAGGCACGGAGGAGCGUGUCUGACCUUGUGGUCCAUUCAUUUCGCGGUCGAUCUUCCGAGCCAGUUACGCCAAACGAAUCGCGAUUUAAACACAAUAGAGACGAAACUGAACAAAAGAGGCGCAAAGAUGCCCACGUUGACUUUGCGGAUGAUGUCAAACGGAGCCUAAGUCGAGAGAGCGAACGCCCAAGCGGCUCUGACAAGCCGGGCUUGGAUGAGAAAGAUAUUGAUGGUGAGAAAGCAGAAAACACGCUUGCUGAAGGUUAUUUCACCAUCCCACCGGCCUCUGCCCCGGUUCCUUCUAGUACACACGACGGUUCAACGGCCCAGAAGGACGUUUCGGAUCUAGAGGCAGCCCGCUCGGAACCUGUUUCUCGAGAUAUAUCGGUUGAUGCCAGCGGCGCUCCACUUCAUCCGUCUCUCCAGCAAAUUUACACCAGCAACCUGCGUUCCAGACCUCCGGUCAGUUUCGUGCAGUCGCUGAAGCCAUGGAACGGUCGCAUCACUCGCGAUAGCUGGGUACGCGUCAUGAUCCGUCCCUUUAUUCUCUUCGCCUACCCGGCCGUCCUCUGGUCAUCUAUGGUCUACGCUCUAUCUGUGGGCUGGUUGAUUGUUUUGUCCGAAUCCGUGGCAGACAUCUACCGCAACAAGGAGACGUACAAUUUCUCGGCCCUGGCUACAGGUCUAGUGUACAUUUCUCCGUUUGUCGGCGGGAUACUGGGCACUGUCGUCGCCGGAAAGGUUUCAGACAUAAUCGUCCGUUGGAUGUCUCAUCGCAACGGAGGGAUAUACGAGCCAGAGUUCCGGUUGGUGAUGUCUGCUCCGAUAGCAAUCUGUACGGCAAUGGGACUUAUGGGAUUCGGAUGGAGUGCGCAAGAGAAGGAUCAAUGGAUCGUCCCCACAAUAUUCUUCGGCAUCUUAUCAUUUGGGUGUACACUAGGAAGCACCACCAGCAUUACUUUUUGCGUGGAUAGCUACCGACAGUACGCCGGUGAAGCAUUGGUGACAUUGAACUUUAGCAAAAAUGUUCUUCACGGCUUCGUUUUCUCCCUGUUUUUCGUUGACUGGUUGCAUUCCGACGGCGCAAAGACGGUGUUUGUCGCCCUGGGUGGGAUCCACCUGGCGCUCAUGAUGUUUUCGAUUCCGAUGUAUAUAUACGGCAAGAGGGCUCGUAUGUGGACCGUCAGGAAGAGACUGAUGGAGAAAUUUUAG